CACAGCUUCAUUGACGCCUUGCGCGGUUUUUUGCUAGCUGCCGUUGUGGUCUCAUCCCACGCGACGAAUCUACCGCUCUAACACGCGACGGCUUCGUGUUUACAGCCCUCGAGCCACCAUCCCCCCUCGCGUCGGCGCGUCCACAGUUCAUCGCCCCUAGGGUGAUCUUCUUCUCAGAGGCGCCCCUCGCACUGCUGUCUCCAUUUGUUACUCGUCAUAGCCUCCCCGCGACACCGUCACGACCAUGUUCUACUCGGAAGAACUCUUCCAGAAGACCGGGCCUCUGGCCCGGAUCUGGCUCUCGGCCAAUCUGGAGCGCAAGCUGUCCAAGCAGUCCAUCCUCCAGUCCAACCUCUCCGAGAGCGUCGAGCAGAUUAUCACGCCAAAUCAGGCCCCGAUGGCGCUGCGGAUGACUGGCCAGCUGCUCCUCGGUGUCGUCAGGAUAUACAGCCGCAAGGCCCGAUACUUGUUAGAUGACUGCAAUGAGGCCCUGUUGAAGAUCAAGAUGGCUUUCCGAUCCUCGGGCAACAAUGACAUGCCCGCAAACCUGCAGCUCCCGAAUCGGGAGUCUCUCCUCUUGCCCGAUCGGAUCACCCCUUACGAUAACCUCGAUCUGCUUCCUGCGCCUGAUGUCGACCUGCUCUUGAGUCAGGACGCAGAUUUGAAUUCUCAGCCUCUGGGUCGCAAGGGACGCGUUAGUCACCGGGACAUCAACCUGCAAGAAGAUUUCAACAAUAGCCAGUUCCUGAUGGACGGACUGGACAAGGACGACGGCUUAGACUUGGCUAAUGUGGACGAUUUGGAUCUUCAACUCGACUUUGGCAUGGAUCUUGAUGACCAGCCCACCAGACUGACUGUCGAAAUGGGUCGUGAGGCUCCCGCUGCCAGGGGAGUCGAGGAAGAUAUGUUUAGCGAGUUUGAUCUCCCGCAGCCCGCUAAGGGAAGGGGUCAUGAUGAGUCUACGGCGCUCGGGUUUGGUGACGGCGGAAUCCGCAUCCAUGAUGAUGACGGGGACAUCAUGAUGGGAGAUGACGACUUCCAGCUCAACCUCGGAGACCAGACCGCUUUGGCUGCGGGCGCGGCCAGACCAGACAUGGCAAGAGCUCGCAUUUCCGAGUCUCCCCUGUCAGACAUCGAUGAGGCGUUUGCCAAGGAGAUCGAGCUCGAAUACACACGGACCACGGAUGUGUACGAGCCUAACGAGGACGACGAGACGAUGGUGAACCGCAAGGCGCCACAGCGGUCCAAGAAGCGGAAGAUUAUUGCCCCCGACGAGCAGACCAUGCUUAGCGGUGCUGUUUUCAAGGAGCAGCAGCGGAAGCACGACAACAUUCUUAAGCCCCAGGUCUUCCUCCCCAGAGACCCUUAUCUCUUGGCCCUGAUGGAAAUGCAAAAGAACGGCGGGUUCCUGGCCAGCAUCACGAUGGACGGACAGAGCGCCAUGUGGGCGCCAGAACUGAAAGGCCUUUUGUCCCUGGACGCUGUCCGGGCGCCGAGCGAUCUCAAACGCAAGCGGGAUAGUGGAAUUGCGGACAUGGGCUCGGAAGGCGAACUGGGCGCUUCCAAGUCACCACGCCUCGAGAUCGACAACGACGAGGACCCCUUCGCUGUAGGCGGGACGGACCUCGGCAACCAGUCCGUGGCACCAGACGGGACGAUCCUCGAGAUUGCCGGAGACGAUGGAAUGGUCAUUCAUGACGAUGACGACAACACGGCCAUGCCGAACUUUGAUGACACGACAGCCCCUCUUGUGCAUCCUGCCGACAGCGGCCCAGUGUCCAUCGGUACCAAGCACGCCGUGCACAUCUUGCGCGACCUGUUUGGUGACGAGGCUGCAACCAACGCCGACAAGCGCAAGAAGACCUCUGUGGUGUUCCAGGACCUCCUGCCCGAGAAGAGGACGACCAAGGCCGACGCGACGAAGAUGUUCUUCGAGUGCCUGGUGCUUGCUACCAAGGACGCCAUCAAGGUUGAACAGCCUGAGGGUGCCCUGGACGGCCCCAUCCGCGUGAGAGGCAAGCGUGGCCUCUGGGGUGCUUGGGCCGAGCGUGAGGCUGGCGGCGAGAUCGACCAACAGGAAGAAACGGAGGACCACCCCACAAACCAGCCCCAGUAUGCCAUCUCUAGCAGCCCUGCGGCGGCUGUUGCCGUCACGGCCUAGAAGGCUUGAGCCCGCCCUGCCUGCGGCUGCUCCUGCAGCCUGCACGCGGCUGGGUAGCUAUCAAGUUUCUGUACAUAUGUAGACUUGUCUGAUUUUCUGGAACCUGGCGUCAGCGUGUUGUCGUUAUUUUUUCAGCCACGCGGCCAAGUGGCGUUUCGGCGUGGCCGGAGGACAUAGCUCAUUCUCUGCGGUGGGUUGGGUUUUUUCUCUCUUUCUCUUUAGGAUCUGUCCCGGUUGGACUAAAGCCUCGAGGAGGACGGUGCCAAAAUGAUUGGGUCUGUUUUCCAUUCUUUCAUACGGCUUCUUGACUUUUCUGGACCACUGCGGUCCCUUCUGGAUAGGUUGCAGAGCGUAGCACGCAUGCAUCAUGUACGUAGAUACAAUACACCAACCAAGGACGCUAUUUAGCAUCACUUGUCAGCAGUCGCAUAUGCGGCCCGUAGCAUGAAGAGAGCAAGAAAGUUCC